UGUCAUAUGACGUCCUCCCAUUCUCACUGCGCAUGCGCGGCAAUCGGCGGUGCGCUGUGUCCCUCGGACACAGCGGAUCACCGAUCACGGAAAGAGCUGAAGAUCUUGGCUCGGUCAUGUGAUCAGCUGUAUCCAAUCACAGCUGAUCACAUCCCCAGCAGUACCACCUGUCAGUGUCCAUCAGUGCCUUAUGUCAGUGCUCAUCAGUGCUUCGUGCCAGCGCCCAUCAGUGCCACAUCAGUGCCACAUAUCAGUGCCUACCAGUGCACAUCAAUGCCACAUAUCAGUGCCCAUCUGAGCUGCCUUUCAGUUUCACCCAUCAGUGCCAAUCAGUGCCACCUAUCAGUGCUGCCAAUCAGUGCCACCUAUCAGUGUCAGUCAGUGCUGCCUAUCAUUGCCUGUCAG